GGGGUCUUGAAAAAAUGAUUUUUAAUUUUGAAGUUUUGUGAGAUUUUUAUCAAUUUAUCAUCUAUAGAACUUUGUUAACAUGUCCGAAACAGAAGAAGGUGCGAGAGCUGUAGUAUGUGUGGAAAUCCCACGAAAGGACAUUUAGGGCCUUACGGUCCGAGUUGCACGAUUAAAGAAACAAAUGAAAAUAUGAAUUUUCACACAAAGGAAGAAGUGGAACAUACACAAGUGACACAACCCCCAUGGAUGAAUGCUAUUCUCGAAAUGGGUAAACAAAUUGCCGAAUUAACAGUAGUAACAUCAAAGAUACAAAAAGACCAAGACGAAAUGCGAACUUUUAUGUUACAAAACAUUUCAAAACCUGUUCAAACCUUGCCAUUGUUACCUGAACAACCUCCACUGCCAUCAAAUGUGCACACAGGAGACAUUAAUUUACAAGUGUCACAUGAAGGGUGCAAAGUUGGAGUACCACCUAAGAUCUCAAAAUCGAUAGUCAAUGGUGAGUACGUCAAUAUGACGGAAUUGUUACCAACAAAUCUAUAUAAUCAGUAUAUCGAUGUACAAGGAAAUGAACAAAUAAUAUGUAGUGACAAUGGUGAAUUAAAGUUGGCCAAAAAACAUAAACAAACACAUAUACAGUCUUUUAUGACAUGGAUGACAGCAUGGAAUAUUUAUGAGCUAAUAGUAAUGGAGAAACACCCUGGAGUAUAUAAUGAGC